CAUUUUUCUGAGUCUCUGUUUCUCACCUACCUAGCUAGCUGAAGGCCCAAUCGGUUAAAAGACCAUGCGGUCCAUUGAUCAAGAAGCAAGCCUGAUCACAAGCGCGCCAGGCUAGAUGCCAAUAUGGAUCACUAUUACGGUAGUAAGGUUACAUGCAACGCGCCAAUCUGCUCUCUCAGAAGAUUGCAAGCUGGGUCGCCAUGCUAAUGUGGCAGCCCUAGUGUGGUUAGCUGUCUCUCAUAGCCCUCCUCAGGCCGCAUAAUCUGCGAAGUGGUAGGUCGCUCAGAAUUGCCAGCUGGCGCGCCUGAUCAGUCCGCUGACUCUUCUGAAAAGUUGGCAAUUUGCCUCGCUGCCCAGUAUGGUUAUGCCGGGCAAGCAUUUACUGCCCUCGACAAACCCGGGCACCUUUCUUGUGGGUGUCGUGGUUGGGUGUUUGGUGUCCGCUUGUUGGCGCGAGUCUGCGCCUCUUGACGCCAGUAUUGGAGGAUGGGUCGGAGUUUUUGGUUCUCAGGGGGGGCUGCUGACCUCCCGCCUGCGGCUGGGCGACUGGGGCGCAUCCGGCAAUGAGAACCUCACUGACGCGUAUAUGCGGGCGGAGGAGAUCGCAAAGCUCCGCAAAGCCGCAGUCGACGUGGCCAGCCUACGACUGGAGCUCCUGAAAGAAAUGAGAGCCGAAGCUGAAGCUGUCAGAGAUAGCAACACGGCGCCAGGUGACGAAGCGCCACUCGCAAACGGAACAGGGACGGAGCAAUCUGGAACUUUGCCCGGGGGAAGCGCUUUCACAACAACCGCGGGCAUGCAAGAAACCGCCGGGGGCCUGACAGGUGGCGCCGCGUCAUUGGCGAGCUCCGUGUGCGAUGCCGGGCGGUUUCAUCACCUGGCAGGGGGGAUGGUGGUUGAGGGGCCGUGUGUUUGCCUUGCUGGCGCUCUGUGCAGCUUUUCGAUCCAAUCCAACAACGCCAGUCACUGGGAAACGACCAUAAAAAAGGCGCAGGAGCUGAUAGUGUAUUUUGUAGGGCCGGCCCGCGGGGUGGCUGAUCUUUCCGUCGAGCAUUUCAGUGGUGCGAAGGCAGCGUGGACUGCAACCUUCCGUUUGUGGGACGCAGGAGACUACCGGGCGAUAAUCCAGACAGGGUGCACCGCGUUGGGGCAGAUCGAAACCCUGGCUGACCUGACAAUAACUAUCGUCCCGAACACAGACGCAGGGGCGCUAACCCCCUGUAACUACGGGCAGGGCUACCGGUGGUUAAGGGACGCGGCGGGGGCGUACGAGUGGGCAGCCCACACGUGCGCGCCGCCGCUUGUUCUGGCAUCGGACUAUGCAGUUUUAAUGCGUCGGAAGGGGUUCCGGAGGCUGAUCUUCAUUGGGGACUCACAACAGCGGGCGUUGUUUCAGCAUUUGAAGUUUCUUUUGGGGGCGCCGAUCCGGGAGGAUGAGCUCCAGAGGCCGAAGCAUGAUUUGAGCGAGGUCAUCCAUCAGGGGGACCCAGAGAGGGAGCUGCAUCUGCUGUUCUACUGGAUAGAUGGGAUUUACGAGAACGGCGAGUUCGGGUGCAUCAACCGGGGCAUGUUCUCCGGGCGCAACGUGACGACAGCCUUGCCGGCCAUCACGACCGGCGCUGACGUCAUCUCGCUCGAGGCGGGCACGUGGACCGCCGCGUGGUGCGCCGACGCGUGGGCCGCGUUCAACAAGCACCUGCCCGAGUAUCUAGACUGGGGCGAGACGCUGCUGACGCCCGCGAGCCGCCUCGUGUGGCGCACCGCGCCGUCCUUCAUGACGGAGUGCCGGCGCAAGCACGUGAAGCUGCAGUACGUGAACCGCGUGGCGCUCGACGCGAUCUCCGCGCGCCCGUACCAGCCGUUCAGCAGCUGGGACGUCGAGGCGCCGCGGUUUGCGGACUUGCAGCAGUUCCACUAUUCGUGGACUACGGUCGAUCCGGUGACGAGCCGCUUUGUGAUGGCAGGGCCGGUCGGGGAGGCGGUGGCGCGGGCGUAUAUGACGUGGACGAUUCACACCCUGCAGUAGGACCGGGCCCUAGCUUUGUGUGAAUGGUCGCGGCUGCGCUUACAGUCUGAGCUAGGGUCCCGAAAACCCAGAGAGGCAGUAUAGGAAGUCAGCUCUUUGAACGUCCACCACUGCCGAGGUUAAAGAUCGCAGAAGAACAUGGUAGCGAUAGCUAUCGACCAUUUGACAUGUAUUCUUUGAGUACGGUAAUCUAAGAAACAACGCAAUUCUUUGCAACCAGAGAACCUCUCUCUGAGGUGAACUCUAAAACCAAGCUGAAUUCCCUGUACAUAAGUGAGAGUUGCGCGCGUGGGGAAGUGCCUGCCAGCAGCUAUGAGUAAACCAGGUCAUCCGUCUAACUCUAGGGAGCGCCUGGUUACUCUGCUUGUGCACGAAGUUUCGAGUCGAUAUAUUCCUGCCUUUGGAGGCG